CCGGGCUGGCACCCGAGCAGUGGCGGCCGGGCUCCCUGCCUCGCUGGAGGCUUCUCUCUAUUCUCAACCCGAGACCUGCUGCCUCUCUCCCCGUGCCUGGGAGAAGGGCAGUGCUGGACCUCUGGAACGGAGGCUGCUGCACGGGUCCCUCCGCCGGGGGACGCGGCCUGGCAGCUCGCUCCCGCGGGUGGCAGGGACGGAGGGACCUUUGGCUUCUCUGGGUAUUAUUUCGGUAGCGGCCUCUCAGUCACCAGCCGAGGGAAGCCCAGGCCGACGGGAGGAACGGGACCUUGUCCUGAGCCCGAACUGUCGGAUGGUGGGGUGGGCGGGAACACAGAAAGUCCUGUAGCCGCUGCUGCCCCUCUCAUCUCCCCGACCAGCCCCGCUUCGCUGAAAGGACGAGCACCCGCUGGCGCUGCCCGAGCAGGGCCGUCAAGCUUCUGUUAAAUACACGGCGAUUGCAUCUGUUUAGGUGCAUAUAUAAACAGCGUCUAUUUCUAUACGUAUGUGUGCCAACCCUGAGUUUUCGGUAUUUGUGCAGUGUGUGUGUUCUAUAAUGACACAGAAGCUAUAUUUAGUGUAUAUGCCGGCUACAUAUGUAUAUGUAUACAAAAAUAUAUAAAUAUAUAAAUAAUGCUUCAGAUUCAAAAGGCACUCCUUCUUCCUACCUCCUUUUUCUUCUCUUCCCCUGCCCCAGGUUUUGAAUCAUCCUUUUGCUCCCAAGCCCUCGCUCCAUUUGGCCCGGGAGGUUCCUGCAUCCCCACGUGCUGGUCUCGCCGCCUGCUUGUUGCAAGUCCCCCGCUUAUUUGUCUACUGUGUUUUCCAAAAGCUCACCGCCACCUGACCUUGUUCUUUAAAGCAGUGAGCAGUCCCAGGAGCAGUCCCAGGAGCAGAGCAGCCAUUUCCCUCCCUCCCUCAGACACACAAACGUACGCACGCACAAAGAGAGCUCGGGCUGGAAAGUGGCAAGGAAACAAACAGCUUCCCCUCCAGCCGCUUCUUCUGCAGCACCUUGUUUGACAAACACCCUGGCGCUUGCCCUUGAAUUGGGUUUCACAUCCCCAUUUAGCACUUGGACAAUGAUUUUAGAUGAUGUCAUUUAAAGCCAAACAAGAAAAUUGAUCUCGGAUUUGCUUGGCCUCUAAAGCCUGGUUAAGCAGAUUGCAAAUAAUAAUAAUAAAAAGAGAGAGGGAGGGAGGCAGAGGGGAGAGAGGAGAGAAGGAGGGAGGGCCACCUCCUUCCCUGGGCGGGGGAGGCGCGGGCGCCAAUGAAAAGUAGUCGCUUGCUGGGGGGGAAAAACUUUUCCUGUUGACUGUUGGAAGCGAAUUGAGCAAUUAUCUAGUUUACCUUCUCCUCUUGGAAGUUAACGAUUGGCGAGAUCUUGGCUGCGUUAUUGACACAACACUUUCUAUUGAUAGAAAUAAGUAGCGAUUGUCCCGAGUCAUUGGUGCGCCAAAGUAAACUGUGAUGGGCUGGCAUGAGUCCACUGGACUGAGACGGCUGGUUCCGCCGGCGGAGGCUGUGGCGAUGGUGGCGGCGGAGACGCUGAUCUCCCUCCUCGCAGAUCAGUAACAAGAAAAGGGGCAGAGAAAGUGAAAGAGAGAGAGAGAGAGGGGAGAAAAGGAAAAAAAAAAAAAAAAAGAGGCGUCUACCAGAGCGGCUCAAACCGGGAGAACAAAUGCAAUUCAGCCAUGGACAAUAGUGGCAACCACACAGCGACCAAAAUCCUAGCGACUCCUCCGUCCAGAGAAAGCCUGUCUGCCAGGAGCAACAUGAUCAGCACUCCCAAGCCACUCGCCUUCUCCAUUGAGCGCAUCAUGGCGCGGACUCCAGAGCCCCGCUCCAUCCCCGUCCCGCAGCUCCUCCAUGGCUCCGUGGCCAAAGGCGACCCUAAGCAUCCGCUGCACCUCAACUCCUCCAUCCCCUGCAUGAUCCCCUUUGUCCCGGUGGCAUACGACACUCUGCCCAAAGCGGCGGUGGCCGGAGCGGAACCCAGGAAGGCUCACUUAGACUCCUCUUCCUCGCCCUCCUUUAGCUGCGGCGAUCUCUUGAACUGUGCCCUGAGCUUGAAAGGAGAUUUCCCCCGCGAUGCCCUGCCCUUGCAGCAGUACAAACUGGUAAGACCCCGAGUGGUCAAUCACUCCUCCUUCCACGCCAUGGGAGCCCUGUGCUAUUUCAACCGAGGCGACAGCCCCUGUCACCCGUCCUCCAGUGUCAACAUCCACCCGGUGGCUUCUUAUUUCCUCAGCUCUCCCUUGCAGCCGCAGCCCAAGGCUUACCUGGCGGAGCGGAACAAGCUGGUGCUGCCGACCGUGGACAAGUACCCGGCGGGGGUGGCCUUCAAGGACUUAUCGCAGGCUCAGUUGCAGCACUACAUGAAAGAAAGUGCUCAGAUCCUCUCGGAAAAAAUCGCCUAUAAGACGUCGGAGUUCAGCCGCGGCUCCCCGAGCAGCAAGCCCAAAGUUUUCACGUGUGAAGUUUGUGGAAAGGUGUUUAAUGCACAUUAUAACUUAACGCGCCAUAUGCCGGUGCACACGGGAGCCAGACCCUUUGUUUGCAAAGUUUGCGGGAAGGGCUUCAGACAGGCGAGCACGCUCUGCCGGCACAAGAUCAUCCACACGCAGGAAAAGCCACACAAGUGCAACCAGUGCGGCAAAGCUUUCAACCGGAGCUCGACCCUGAACACGCACACGCGAAUACACGCCGGCUAUAAACCAUUUGUCUGUGAAUUUUGUGGCAAAGGAUUUCACCAGAAAGGCAAUUACAAAAACCACAAGCUGACUCACAGCGGGGAGAAGCAGUUCAAGUGCAAUAUCUGCAACAAGGCUUUUCACCAGGUGUACAAUCUGACCUUCCACAUGCACACCCACAACGACAAGAAGCCCUUCACCUGCCCCACCUGCGGCAAAGGCUUCUGCAGGAACUUUGACCUCAAGAAGCACGUCCGUAAGCUGCAUGACAGCGCCCUGGGACUGCCCCGGCCGCCCGCCGAGCUGGGGGGGCCCGACCCGCCCGCGGCGCUGCUGCAGGGCCCGCCGCUCCAGCCGUGAGGGGCGGCCGCCGCUGCGAGCC